CUUACAUAGUCUUUCCAUCGAUUAGCUUGCACCAGUUGGCAGCAGCAAUGGCGUUGCAUGUCAGUCUGCUCAGGGUGGGUAUCCUCUGCUUGCUGGCGAUGUCGGCAUUGGCGUCGGCGCAAUACCCGUCGUCCCCAAGCUCCCCGGACUCGUAUCCGUCCCCGGGCUCAUACCCAUCUCCGGGCUCCCCGGACGGCCACGAGGGGGCGGGGGAGGUCGUCCCUCCCAGGAACGUUACCUGCAAGGACACCGACGGGAAGAGGCCGGGGUGCACGAGCACCUGCCCCGACCGCUGCCCCCAGCAGUGCAUCGUUCUCUGCCCCGACUGCAAGACAUUCUGCCACGACGAGGUAAAGCCGGCGAAGCCCGUGCCUCCACCGGCCAUGUUCGUGUUCGGAGACGGGGUGUUGGACGUCGGCAACAACGCAUACUUGCCCAAGGUCGAAACGGAGGAGGGGCACCCCCCUCAAGUCUCCCAAUCUAGCAGUGGCAGGUUCAGCAACGGAGCCAACUUGGCCGACACCGUGGCAACAUCAAUCGGCUUCCAGCAGAGCCCUCCAGCUUACAUGUCGUUGAACGGUGGGCUCAACAUGUGGGGAGCCAACUAUGCCUCAGCGGGUUCCGGUAUCAAAAUCUCCACUAACGGAGAACGUUCCAUCUCGUUGCCGAAGCAGCUUGAGCACUUCAAGGUGACGAGGUCCCAGAUGGAGGCCAAGCUGGGUGGCGACGCCAAAUUGCGUGAGCUCCUCUCCAAGUCCUUCUUCCUCCUUGGCACCGGUGGCCAGGACCUCGAUCCAAGAUGGAACGUCGAGUCUGGAUAUCCACGAUCACAGACCGAGCUCCAGGAGCUCAUCACUCUUUACGGGGAAGCCAUCUCGUCCCUUUAUGACAUGGGCGCCAGGAAGAUGGCCAUCGUAAACGUUGGCAUCAUCGGUUGCAUGCCACCUCCCUACAGGUAUGAGUGUGACCAGAGCCUGAACGAGAACGCCACCGCGUUCGACGCGGCCCUGAAGCCCCUAAUGGCUGGCCUCGCGUCCAAGAAGUCGGGUCUCUCCUACUCCAUCGGCGACUUCUACGGCUUCACCACCGCCGUCUUUGCCAACCCAUCAAAUUAUGGGCUAGUGAAUACCCAGGACUCCUGCAGCGAGUGGAGCUACCCCGACUGGACGUACUGCUACAACCCCGAUGGUUACUGGUUCUGGGACCCGGAGUUCAUGACAGAUAGGGCCGCCAAGCUGACAGCUGCUGCGUUCUACUAUGGUCCACCCCAAUUUACAUUUCCAAUUACCUUUAAGGCUCUGCUGGCGAAAAAAUAAUCUUAUCUUGUGGUAUUUUAGUAGCAUGUAUUUGUUUCGGCUCCAAAUUGUGCUAUUGGAGCAACCCGAAUAUGCAAUAAGUAUGCCAGGAAGAAUAAAAUAGGUCAUCUGUCCGACCUUUCUAUCUACUAAUAAA